GCCGUUGGCGGUGUGACGUCACUCGGGGCCCGCGCGCCUGCCUUUCUGCGCUUGCGCGGCAGACACUGCUUUCUCCUCUCGAGCAUGCGUAGAAGCGCAGACGAAGCCUAAGGUUGCCAAUACCGAACAAAAGGGGGAGGCAGGAAGACAUCCUUUUCUCCUUCCAUAGACCACAGCGGGUUAUAUAGCAGUAUCCCUCUCUUAAUUCCCAAAUUGAGGUUAGAUUAGCCCUCAUGCUCCAUGGUGUUAUCUUAAAACAAUGAAUUUAUGGACAAAUGGGGCUGGGAGCGGAGUCUCAAUGACUCAUCUCUUUGCCGCCCCCACUGGACACAUUCAGAACUGCACCUCCUUCAUAGUCUUGCUCUUUCCUUAAAGCCGCCUUUUGCUCCUUAUUCUGCGGCCCCAAAGCACAGGCCUUUGCUGCCACCGACUGGCCACAUCGUGGAACUGCACCCUUUGAGCCAUAGGUUCCUACGUUGGAGGCUGCGACCCUUAGGAGCAUGCGCCCAGCCAUAAAGGCCUCCUAGUAGAAAGUAGAGCAGGCAAACUUGCAAAAGACCUUGAAGAGGACAGAAUACCCUGAAGAGGAAGUGAAAGGAGGAACUAGCUGCGUACGAAAACAUGCCCAAUGCAGUAAAAAUAACAGAAACAGAUUUACUUCGUGAUGGAUUUGGAUCACGUCCUUUCUUCCACUGUUUAGUUGCAGAGGUAUCAAAGCAAGAGGAUAUGCAAGAUGCUGAUGUGGUAGGCUUUGCUAUGUAUUACUAUACCUAUGACCCUUGGAUUGGUAGGUUAUUGUACUUAGAAGACUUCUACGUCAUGGAUGAAUUUAGAGGUUGGGGCAUUGGGACAGAACUCUUGAAACGACUAAGCCAGAUAGCCAUCGAAACCCACUGUAACUGCAUGCAUUUUCUUGUUGUCGUUUGGAACAAACCAUCCAUAGAGUAUUAUAUGAGGCGUGGGGCUUCCGACCUUUCCACCGAAGAAGGCUGGCAUCUUUUCCGGUUUGAUAAAGAAAAUCUCAUCAGAAUGGCUUCUGGAGAAUAAGGAAGGUGAACGCCCUUUUACUCCUCCCAAUUACGGAGUGCACCGCAAAGACCAUCCGGUUCGCAAAACCUCCCUCGCAAUACAGCUUUUUGUUUCACCAUGUCUGUGAAGCAGGAUUAGCAUGAACAACAGAAAUUAAAAGCGCUUUGACUUA